AGUGCGAAGAUGAUCUUUCUUCGGUUUAUGAAAAUAUCCAUUGUUUUAAUUUUGAAAAACCUUGCAGGUCCACAGUCAGCAUUCGUUUUGGCAAUGAUUCCGGAAAGCACGCUCAUCCUGAAUCCCAGUGAUGGAAACGCUUAUAGCGUGAAUGAUCCGUUAUGUCCCAUUAUUUCAAUAAGUACAGCUGUUUGUGUUGGUAAUCUCUAUGCAAACAUUCAGCAGCACGGACAUCCAAGUCAAAUGCAGUUCGAUUUCAACAAGCGUAAUCACUGGCUACCAUUUUUCGACCAAACGCUAACUGACAUACAAUCAAUGCAGCCUGAGCAGAUCACAUAUUUCCAAACGGACAGUGAUGCUGUUUUGCAGCUUCGUACCAAUUUGGAGCGUGAAAUUCGGUUGAAAUUUGACAAAAGUCGGCCGUAUGGCAUACCGCAAUGGAACAUACUUGCAUCACGGAUGUUGCGCGAAAGCUUGGCCGAGAUAGAAGCAAAAGCUGAUGGGGAGCAGGAACGGAUUGUUUUAGCGCAACUACCUGCAUCAUACCACGUGAAUGCGGUUGCAUUUCGGCAGAGUUACAGUUCAGCAGAGGAAAUCAUCGAGAGAGUGUUGGCAUUGCGAAUCCAUGAAAACACGGAUCGCAAUGUGCAAUUUGCAUUUGCCAUACAUCUGCAACCGUUUACCAAUAAUAUUUUGUCAUGUUCUGUCGCUGUUGCUGCACUGAAGCCUCUGGUAAAUUAA